GAUCCGUAUUCUAAGCGGUUGGUCCGACAGCCAAAAAAUUUUCCCCCAAAGGAAGAACACGUGUUAAUUUCACUCCACCUGUCUUCGCCCCCUGUCUCUCUCAUGAGAUCCAUUUUGAUUUCGCACUCCUCCCGACAACAUCAGAGCUCUUUUAACUGGUUUCUUUUCCAUUUUCUUUUUCUCCGUGAUUUGUCCAAAGCAUAGAUAUUAGGCGUCUAGGGUUUCGGGCUCCCUCAAAUCUCCUUCGGAGUCCGUGUUUUUGCUUGUCAAUUUUGCCUGAGGAAGCUUAUAAGAAUGGACAUGGCUAUCUCUUUCUAUCUAUCUUAGUACGAAUUGAUUGAAUUGAAUUUAGGGUUUUGAUUUUGUUUUCAAAUGCUUUUUCUCGAUCGGAGGUUUUAUCAGAAUGUCACAAGCUUCGACGGCUCGGGGCUCUGCUUAUCUAACCGCACUUACCCAAGAAAUCGAGAAAAAACUCCAACGGGCAUUAGUCACUCAAUCCCAGAGACUCAAUUUGAUGCAAGAACUGUUUGCUGAUGUGGCGUUAGAAGUUGACGUCCGCGCCCGUGACAUAAUUCUUAGCAAGGAUGAAGAUGGAAUUUCUUCAGCAGAGGGUGACAUUGAGAAUCAUCUUUGCUUUUAUGAUGUCCUUGCCGAUCAUUAUGUUAAGGUGCCUGAGAAUGGAAAACCUAUUCUUGAUUUGAUUGUCCAGCUUUGGAGCCAGUCUUUUGCAUCUAAUAUCUUUGCCCUCCUUUUCCACAAGUGGACAACAUGGCUAGAGGUGGAGUUGGGAAGAGGAAGAGUCAAAUGUAUUGUGAUACAAGCUACCUUAAUGCAGUUAUUUGAAGUUCAACUCGAAAAUUCAGAAAUCCUCCUUCGUUACUCAUCUGCCCUUGUUCAAGGUGCUACAAAUGUUUUCUGGAUUGACAUCCAGACGAACAGAAGGUGUUUCUUGUCUUUAUUCCAUUAUCUUCUUGAGGAGGUUGCACUUGUCCCAAUGCGUUUAAACAAAAUUGCUUUACAGGCUCAGAGAGAUUUAUACCUUGUUCUUUCCAGGUUCAUGUUCUUUUACAAUUUAGUUAACAAGCUUGAGGCUCUCUUAAAUCAAUUUCCUAUUUUUCCAAAUGCUUUUUUGGUUGGUGGUCCUGCAGACAUUUUUGUUAUAGAGCUCACAGAUCAGCUUCAAAAAUUGAAAGUUGAACCAGUACUUCUACAUUACCUCUCUCACAUGAAAGUCCUUCAAGGCUUGGAGCUGAGGAUGACUACAAGUACAAGAUUGAAAGCCUGCCUAUAUAGCUUCACCUCCCCUGGUGGUCCAAUGUAUCCAACAAGAGCUGUUCGUCAUGCGGCCUGGGAUGCAUUGGAUUUACUUUUCCCUAUCGGAAGAUACCCACGGCAUCUUAUAAGUCUGUUUUUUCGACUUCUUUACCCGUGGUAUUGGCCCUCUUCAUGUUGGAAUUUUGUAGUGUCUUGUAUCAAAGCAAUACUGUACUCACUCCUGAGGAUGCUUUUUUCAAGUUGGAAGAAUAUGAGAAAACCAAAAGACACCUAAAUGUUGGAAGUCUUAUCGUGUUCCAGUCAUCUGUACACGUAGGAUGGAAUUCCAUUCAGGGGCCAACUUAUGCCUUCUCACUGUAUCAAUUGUGCUUGGUAUCUUCAACUCCUUUCCCUGCGAUGAAUGUAUUGUAAGUGACAUCUCUUACGAGUAAAUUGAUUUGUUAGUUGCAUCA